AUGGACGGCAGCUUGGAAGUAGGUCUUUGUGUUUGCAACUGUGGACCGUGCAAGGUACCAGAUUUCCGAAAGCAGCUUCUGUUUACUCCAGGAUCCUACAAGUCACUGGUAUUUGCUUUUUUUUUUUAUUGUUUUUGGUUUCUCUAUAACAACAGUACAAGGCAACAAACUGAAGCAAGAGAUGACCUGCAUUGCCCUUGUUGUACUCUGAACUGCCGCAAACUUUAUAGUUUACUUAAGCAUCUUAAACUCUGCCAUAGCAAAUUUAUCUUCAACUAUGUUUAUCAUCCAAAAGGUACUAGGAUAGAUGUUUCUAUCAAUGAGUGUUAUGAUGGCUCCUAUGCAGGAAAUCCUCAGGAUAUUCAUCGCCAACCUAGAUUUGCUUUUAGUCGCAACGGACCAGUUAAGAGAACACCUAUCACACACAUUCUUGCGUGCAGGCCAAAACGAACAAAAGCAAGCAUGUCUGAAUUUCUUGAAUCUGAAGAUGGGGAGGUAGAACAGCAAAGAACAUAUAGUAGUGGCCACAAUCGUCUGUAUUUCCAUGGUGAUACCUGCUUACCUCUCCGCCCACAAGAAAUGGGUAGUGAAGAUGAAAAGGAUCCUGAAUGGCUAAGAGAAAAAACCAUUACACAAAUUGAAGAAUUUUCUGAUGUUAAUGAAGGAGAGAAAGAUGUGAUGAAACUCUGGAAUCUCCACGUCAUAAAGCAUCGGUUUAUUGCUGACAAUCAAAUGAAUCAUGCCUGUAUGCUUUUUGUAGAAAAUUAUGGACAGAAAAUAAUUAAGAAGAAUUUUUGUCGAAACUUUAUGCUUCACCUAGUCAGCAUGCAUAACUUUAAUCUUAUUAGCAUAAUGUCAAUAGAUAAAGCUGUUACCAAGCUCCGUGAAAUGCAGCAAAAAUUAGAAAAGGGGGAAUCUGCCGGGCGCGAAAAGGGGGAAUCUGCUUCCCCUGCAAACGAAGAAAUAACUGAAGAACAAAAUGGGACAGCAAAUGGAUUUAGUGAAAUUAACUCAAAAGAGAAAGCUUUGGAAACAGAUAGCGUCUCAGGGGUUUCAAAACAGAGCAAAAAACAAAAACUCUGUAAAGAUCUAACCCCGUGUUAUGGACAAACACUGAAAUUACAUUUUAGGGAAUUCAUCCUCUAAGAGGAAUUAUGUUUUUGUCUUUAAUCAUAGGUUCCAAACAGGCACUGUUAGAUGAAGUAAAUGAUUUCAACAAGGAUAUUUGUAUCAGGGUUCUACUUCACUUCAUUAUGCAGCAUUACAUGUAUAUCACUUUUAUUGACAUCAUUAAAACAUUCUGUACUUUAAGCAUGAAAAGCAAUAUUUCAAAGUAUUUUUAAACUCAACAAUUGCCAUCAAAUAUGUUGAAUUGAUAAUCUAGAAGUUAUUUCAUAUAUAAAUUACAAUUUUUUUGCAUUUAUGACUGGCUGUUUUUCUACUUUGUAAUUGUGAGACAUUUUCUUGAGGAGAGAAAAUUGGAAUGGUUCCCUUUUUUAGAAAUUGAAGUGGUCUUCAUAUAUCAACUACAGAAAAGGGAAAAAAUAGAAAUUGAAGGAUUUUUAUGAAAUUAUAUUGCAUUACUAUUUGCAGUCAAACUUUGAUCCUUGUUUUUGAAAUCAUUUAUCAAUUUGGAAUGAAAAAUUAUAAUGUGAGAUAUUUUACAUUACAUAAGUUCAUUUUACAGUUAAAAAAUAGCACUUCUUCAUCUUAUGCCUGUUUGAGAUGAUGUUAAAUUUUCACACUGUUGACAGUGAAAUGCUAUGUUGCUUUAUAAGAUUACUGACCAUUUGGGCUGGGCGCGGUGGCUCAAGCCUGUAAUCCCAGCACUUGGGCGGCCGAGGCGGGCGGAUCACAAGGUCAGGAGAUCGAGACCAUCCUGGCUAACACGGUGAAACCCCGUCUCUACUAAAAAAAUACAAAAAAUUAGCCGGGUGCAGUGGCGGGUGCCUGUAGUCCCAGCUACUCGGGAGGCUGAGGCAGGAGAAUGGCGUGAACCCGGGAGGCGGAGCUUGCAGUGAGCCGAGAUCGUGCCACUGCACUCCAGCCUGGGGGAGAGAGCAAGACUCCGUCUCAAAAAAAAAAAAAAAAAAAAAAAAAAAAAAAAAGAUUACUGACCAUUUGUUUUCAUGUGGAUAAUUUUAGUGCAUUGCUCACCGAGUAUGUUUUUUUUAACUUGAACAUUUUGCUUGUUUUGGUUUUUCUUUUUUAAUUAGAUAAUCACAUGAAAAAUUAAGCUGUUCAUAUCUUUAAAUUAGGAUUGCAAACCAAGGGAAGAACACGUUUGAGAUUUUAAGAUGUCACUUUUAAGGGGAGAAGUGUUCUUAAAAAGUCAACUAGAAAACUGUUAAGCCUUUUAUUUCUUUGCAAGGAUGUCUUUGUAAUGUGUUUCAUGAACAGAAUAUCCAAUACGGAUAAGCUGACUUGAAUCAUUUUGAGCAAUUUUGCCCUGUGUUAUAUGUGUUUCACGCACAUAUUUGCAGUUGGAUUUUCUCCAACAGAAAGUGGAUUCACUACUGGCACAUUAACAAGCACCAAUAGGUUUUUAUUCCAACUCCGAGCACUGUGGUUGAGUAACAUCACCUCAAUUUGUUAUUAUACUUAAAGAUAUUGCAUUUUCAUAUUCUUUGUUUAGAAAGGAUCAAUGCUGCUGUAAAUACAGGUAUUUUUAAUUUUAAAAUUUCAUUCCACCACCAUCAGAUGCAGUUUCCUAUUUUGUUUAAUGAAGGGAUAUAUAAGCUUUCUAAUGAUGUCUUCAGAAAUUUAUAAAAUGUAAAUACUGAUUUGAUUGGUCUUUAAGAUGUGUUUAACUGUGAGGCUAUUUAACGAAUAGUGUGGAUGUGAUUUGUCAUCCAGUAUUAAGUUCUUAGUCAUGGAUUUUUGUGUUUAAAACAAAAAAUAGGAAAGAGGAAAACUGCAGCUUUCAUUACAGAUUCCUUGAUUGGUAAGCUCUCCAAAUGAUGAGUUAUAGUAAACUCUGAUUUUGCCUCUGGAUAGUAGAUCUCGAGCGUUUAUCUUGGGCUUUAAUUUGCUAAAGCUGUGCACAUACGU